CCGAGCCGGACCUCUGGACACUGAUUGGACAGAAGGAUCUUCUGAAAGUAACACCGAAGUGACUCCCUUCCCGGUAGAUCCUCUGUCCCCCUUGCAGGUAGUUGUUGGUUCAGCAGAAACUUUGUGAUUUCAUUCUCACGGCGGAUCUCCCGUUGCGUGUCGGUGACGCGCGGUGCGUAAAGCCGCCCUAAGGUCUGGUUUGGAGGCGCCGUUCGAUCCCCGCUGUGUCACCCUGCAGACUCGAGUCAAGGAGGAACCGAUCCGCAUUUAGAAACAGCCCGCACGGUUGUGCACCAUGCUGCGUCUCCUGGCCCCCCCUGGGAGGCUGCGCCGCCCCGCCCUGUGGGGGGCCGGCGGUGGUCAGCGGCGCUACGAGCACCGGUCCGUGGUAGCCAUCCGGCGGGAGGACCUGAACCCCUGGGAGCGCCGCGCCCCCCUGGCCCCCCGACAUGUCAAGGAGCUGACCGCCGCCGGACACACGGUGCUGGUGCAGCCCUCCAAUGGCAGAGCCAUCCACGAGAAGUACUACGAGCGGGUUGGGGCGGUGAUCCAGGAGGACAUCUCGGAGGCGUCUCUCAUCAUCGGGGUGAAGCGCCCCCCUGAGGAGAAGGUGUUCCCCAGGAAGACCUACGCCUUCUUCUCCCACACAAUUAAGGCCCAGGAGGCCAACAUGGGCCUGCUGGACGACCUGCUGAAGAAGGAGGUCCGUCUGAUCGACUACGAGAAGAUGGUGGACGCCAACGGCUUUCGCAUCGUGGCAUUCGGCCAGUGGGCGGGCGUGGCAGGAAUGAUUAAUAUUCUCCAUGGACUUGGCCUCCGCUUCCUCGCUCUGGGCCACAACACCCCCUUCAUGCACAUCGGCAUGGCCCACAACUACCGCAACGUGAGCCAGGCGGUCCAGGCGGUCCGGGACUGUGGCUACGAGAUCUCCAUGGGCCUCAUGCCAAAGUCCGUCGGGCCCAUCACCUUCUGCUUCACAGGGACAGGAAACGUCUCCAAGGGCGCCCAGGACAUCCUGAACGAGCUUCCUGUGGAGUACGUGGAGCCCCCCGAGCUAAAGGACGUGUCCCAGACCGGAGACAUGACCAAGGUGUACGCCACGGUGCUGAGCCGCCACCACCACCUGAUGAGGAAGACGGACGGCGUCUACGACCCGCUGGAAUACGAGUAUCACCCCGAGCGCUACACCUCGCACUUCAGGACCAGUGUGGCGCCGUACACCACCUGUCUGAUCAACGGCAUCUACUGGGACCCCAGCCCCCGCCUGCUGCGACGGCUUGAUGCCCAGAAGCUGCUGAGGCCGUCCGGUACCUCUUCCUCUGCCACCGAGGGCUGGCCAGAGCUACCGCACAGACUGCUGGCUAUAUGUGAUAUCUCAGCGGACCCUGGCGGUUCCAUUGGGUUCAUGACUGAAUGCACCACCAUCGAUAAACCCUUCUGCAUGUAUGACGCGGACACACACAUCGACCACGACAGCGUGGAGGGGAACGGGAUCCUUAUGUGUUCCAUCGACAACCUCCCGGCCCAGCUCCCCAUCGAGGCCACAGAGUACUUCGGAGACCGGCUCUUCCCCUACAUCUGGGAGAUGCUGCCGUCCGACGCAACGAGGCCGCUAGACCAGGAGGAGUUCAGCCCGCAGGUCCGAGAUGCUGUGAUCACCUCCAAUGGGAAACUUACCCCCAAGUUUGAGUACAUCGAGAAGAUGCGAGAACGAAGGGAGCAGGCUCAGAUCCUGAGUAAGGAGGGCAUGAAAAGGGUCCUGACUGGCUCUGGCUACGUCUCCGGCCCCGUGGUGGAGUACCUGACCCGGGACCCAGGGACCCAGGUCACUGUGGCGUCGGCGAAGCUGCAGCAGGCGGAGGAGCUGGCGGGCCGGUACCCCAACACCAUCGCGGUGAUGCUCAACAUCAGCCAGGGGGGCGAGGAGGGGCGGCUGGACCAGCUGGUCCGGGACCACCACCUGGUCAUCAGCAUGCUGCCCUACAGCUUCCACCCCAUGGUGGCGCGGCACUGCAUCAGGAGGAAGAUCAACAUGGUGACCGCCAGCUACCUGAGCCCCGAGAUGAAGAGCCUGCAGCAAAGUGCUGAGGAGGCGGGCAUCACCAUAGUGAACGAGAUGGGUCUGGACCCGGGCAUCGACCACAUGUUGGCCAUGGAGUGUAUCGACCAGGCCCGGACCGACGGCUGCACCGUAGAGUCGUACAGCUCGUUCUGCGGGGGGCUCCCGGCCCCCGAGUGCUCUGACAAUCCACUGCGCUACAAGUUCAGCUGGAGCCCUCUGGGGGUGCUGAUGAACACCGUGAGCCAGGCCAUCUACAUCAAGGACCACCAGGUGGUGGAGAUCCCAGCGGGCGGGUCUCUGAUGGAGGCCGGCGUCCCCAUGGACUUCCUGCCAGGUUUCAACCUGGAGGGCUUCCCCAACCGGGACAGCACCAAGUACGCAGAGCCCUACGGCAUCCAGGACGCCCACACCCUGAUCCGGGGAACCCUACGCUAUAAGGGUUUUAUCGACGCCAUGAGUGGCUUUGUGAAGCUGGGUUUGAUCGACUCUGAGCCCACAUCCCUCCUCCAGACUGGCUCCCCCCGGGUAUCCUGGAGGGAGCUGCUCUGCACCCAGAUGGGCGUGGCCACCACCCUCUCCCAGGAGGCCUUUGAGGAGGAGGUGUUCCGGCGCACCGGAGGGAGUGACUUCAGGAUGGAAACCCUGAGGAGCCUGGGCAUGCUGAGCGAUGACGGCGUUCCGCGCGCCCCGACCGUCCUCGCCGCGUUGACCAAACACCUGGAGGCCCGCCUCUCCUACGACGAGGGCGAGCGAGACAUGAUCAUCCUGCGUAACGACGUGGGGCUACGGCACCCGACGGGCGAGCUGGAGACCAAACACGUCAGCCUGGUGGUGUACGGCGAGCACAACGGAUUCUCCGCUAUGGCCAAGACCGUGGGCUACCCCACCGCCAUCGCAGCCCGCAUGAUCCUGGACGGGGAGAUCUCCAAGAAGGGUCUUGUGGUUCCAAUGACCAAAGACGUCUACGGCCCCGCCCUGAAGAGGCUGAAGGAGGAGGGGCUAAUCAUCACCUGCAAGAGCACCCUACACGAGUAGAGGAGGAGGAGAGGAGAACUCUGCAAGAGUUGAGGAAGGGAGACGAGGAGUAGAGGAGAGGAGGAGUAGUCUGCAGGAGUAGAGAAGGAGGAGAGGAGGUGAGGAAGAGAAGCAUAUCACUGUAGCUAUGACGGGCAGACAGACAGGCAGGCAGACAGACAGAAGGUUUAUUAUUUGAAAUCCAGAAACACGUUUACUUACUCAAUGAAACCGUUACACCGAACCAAGUGGACUAUUGAGUCUAUAACCAGCAGUAACUAGUCCUGUGGCUGGAGUAGUGAGUCUAUAACCAGCAGUAACUAGUCCUGUGGCUGGACUAGUGAGUCUAUAACUAGCAGUUACUAGUCCUGUGAAUGGACUAGUGAGUAUAACCAGCAUUAAAUAGUCCUGUGGCUGGACUAGUGAGUCCAUAACCAGCACUAAUUAGUCCCGUGGUUAGGGUUAGUUAGUAGUGAACAAAAGAGCUGUCUCCUCAUCUCUCGCCUCCUUUCUGGCUGUCAAGACAACCAUGGUAACGCUGAUGCACCGCCCUUGCCUCCCCUGAUUGGUGCGAUCAGUCCAUGUGACCCCGGUUGUCUGCACCCGCCCUCUUCAUGUUCCAUCUGCUCAUUGGCUCCCGGCUCCCUCCCCUUCUAAAUGUCAGUAUUUAUAUUAAGAUCUGAAAGCUGUAUUUUCUUACACUACGAACAAACACUAUCGUUACAUAUUUAUAUUUUUUACUAAAGGUCAAAGUCAAUUAUUUUAGGGUCAGAGUUCUAAGGGACGAUUGUUGUUUGAAACACGUUUAACAUGUUGCAUUACACCCGUGUGUGUGUGUGUGUGUGUGUGUGUCUUUGUGUGGGUCUGUACUGCUGGGAUGGUCUGGGACGAGACAUUAUCUCUGCUGUUACUUGUUUUCAUUUUUCCUUCUGCAUUAAAGAUGGAACGUGCAACAUGUGUGUACCUCUAUCUACAUUAAAGAUGACGUUUAAAGAUACUCUAUU